AUCCGCCACCACCGAUCAUUUCUCUAAUCAUGUCUCGCAUGUUAUUAGAUUUCGGCGAAAUUAUCGUUACACAAGUUUACACAUCUUUUUCUGAUAGACUAUACACUCCCCGAAAUAAUAAAAAUAAAUUUUCGAUUGAUAUAUAUGGUGGUUAUGGUGAACGUCACGCUAUCUCUAAAGAGCUGACACAAGAUGUUAGAGAAAUUGUUGGUGCAUGUAAAGAUAUUGCUCAGAUUGUUGGGAAUCGAAUUUCUAUGGGCAUUCGCAGCCUUUAUACAAUGAAAUCAAUCCCUACAAAUUUAACUGAUGUGUCAUCACAACCAACGGGUGUUUCAAAAAUAUGGAAUUCCAUCGUUACAGAAUUGGUACUUAUUGAGAAAGAAGUUGUGAUGCUUUAUGGGACUGAGGAGGAAAAUAAUCUAGAUGAUCAAGAUACCGUACGAGCUCCUUAUGCUCAUUCAAAUUCUUCCUAUUCAUCCAUAAAUUCAAAUCGCCCGAAAACAUCAAACCCGUUUUUUGCCAGUUUUACACAUCUUACCUCUCAUAUAGAUAAAUUGUUUUCUGAUAGAAUUGAGAUUUUUGGAAUUGUUGAAGUUGGAAAGCCAGGAAUUAUGAUGGGUGUCAUAAAGAUAUUACUAAAGGUAUCUAUAAACCUAGAAAUCAGUAAUUAA